GGUAACUACUGUUAUCAUUCCCAUUUCAUAAAUGAGAAAAGUGAGACUCAGAGAAGUUAGGUCAUUUACCUGAGAUUCAAAUCUAGGCGUAUCUCUGAGCUCCCACAUGUAACCACUGCGAUAUUCUUUCUUCAUAAUACCAUUGGCACAAUUUCUGGGCUUAUGGCUCCCAACUCAUGCUAUUAUCUCUUUUUCAAAAUUUCCCUGCCAUUCGAAAACAAAAAACAAAUUAGUUAUAAUCAUGGUUCUGAAAUGUAUUAUGUCUCACCCACAGGAAUCUGAUCCGUAAAAACCUAGCUUUGUUAAUAGACCAACAUGUGUUCUCCUGCUAGUUCCAAAAUCCUAUAUAGGAAUCCCCGGUUCCUCAGGUUAGCUUUUCUGCAGCUUCAUCACCAGCAACAGAGUGGGGUGUUCUGUGAUGUCCUUCUGCAGGCAGAAGGUGAGGCAGUCCCAGCCCAUUGCUGCAUCCUGUCUGCCUGUAGCCCCUUCUUCACAGAGCGCCUGGAACGGGAGAGGCCAGCUCAGGGUCGUAAGGUGGUGCUGGAGCUGGGAGGCCUGAAGAUCAGGACACUUAGGAAGCUGGUAGACUUCCUGUAUACCUCAGAGAUGGAAGUAUCUCGAGAAGAAGCCCAGGAUGUGCUUUCUGCUGCCCGUCAGCUCCGAGUAUCUGAACUAGAAUCCCUUCAGCUAGAGGGUGGGAAGUUGGUGAAAGCCCCUCAGGGCAGAAGACUCAACAGGGAGUGCUUACAGCCUCCAAGUGCUGCACCCAUCUCUGCCAGGGUGGUGGCAUCCAGCCGCCGUCCUCGAACUCCACUGCCUAUUACCCAGACUCCCUGUUCUCUUGGGGCAGUGAGAUUGAAGUCACUGGGGAUGGAGGAGGGGGCCCAGGACAAGAGCAACCGACAGAAUGCAGAGAACUUGUCAGACACUCUUCUGCUCAAGAGGAAGGCCAGAGCCUGCCCAGCUCCACAAGAAAAAAGCUCUUCACCAUCAAGCCACAGUCAGGGGCCUAAAGAGAAUAAGAGUGACCCUGCCCUUGGUCCUACAGCACUUUCCCCCGCAAGCCUGUACCCCUCUAUGGAUGAGCGACUGUUGCCCAGAAAGAUCCGGCUGAGUCGUUCAAAGCCAUCUCCUGAUGUCUGUACAUCCAAGCCUCCCAGUAUUUUAAGUGGGCCCAGCUCAGUGCCCACAGCCCCUGGCCGGCGUCUCUGGCGACAAAAGAGUAUAAAUAAAGAAGCACCAGAGGACAAGCAGAAACCAGGGAGAACUAGUCCUCUAGAGAGCACCCCAAGCCCAUCUGGUCUUGGAAAGACAGGUGGGAUUAAGAAGCGGAGCCCCGAAGCCAGGGCACCUAAUUCGGACUCUGCAGAGGAGGGACAGGUUGGGAGAGUAAAACUUCGGAAGAUUGUCAACGGGACCUGCUGGGAGGUGGUGCAGGAGCCUCCCCUCAAAAACUCUCCAGACAGUCCUCAUAUCCCAGAACCUGGAGACUCAGAAGAACCCCCAGGGACUCAGCCAUCCUCAGUUAACCAGCAGGAAAUGUCAUCUGCGAGAAUAGAUGUGUGUCAGGACUCCCCGGUGUGCUCUAGGCUACAAGACAUUCUGCUUUCUGCUAGCCGCUCCCCAGACCCCCCAGUGGUGAAGUCUGAGUUUGAGUCCAGUCCAGAGCUGGUAGGGAAGGAACCUGAGUUUGAUAUUGACUGCACAGAGCCGUAUGCAUUUGACACAUCCCUGCUUGGGCAGCCCUGUGAAGCUGAGGAGUACCGAAUCACAAGUGCUGCUGCCACCAGUGAGCUGGAGGAGAUCCUGGACUUCAUGUUGUGUGGCUCAGAUAUUGAGCCGCCUACAGGAUCUCUGGAGAGUCCUGGGGCUGAGGGCUGUAGGACCCCUAGUUAUCACCUGACAGAAACAGGAAAGAACUGGAUCGAAGGAGAAGAAUGGUAUUUACCAGACAUGGAACUCUGGCCCAGGGAGUUCACAGGAUUGGAAAAGGAACCUGUUGGUGAGAACAAAGAGCCAGCUGAACCCUUUAGUCCCCUUGUCAUGUCCUCUGCAAACAAAGAGCCUGUUGAGCCCCUUAGCCCCCUUGUCAUACCCUCUGAGAUGAGUGAAGGGGAGGUGCUUUCAGUAGGAGGCUCUUGGACUCAAGACCUAGAAAUUACCAGCUCCCAGCCACUGGAUGAUCAGAGAGACAAACUUCUCCACAUUGACUCCUUUGACCCUCCCCAAAGGUCCUAUGGAGACCUCUCACCUCCAUGUUCAAACUGGGGGGAGACUGGGCUAGAAGCGUCCCUAACUACAGAUGAAGUGGUAUACUCUCCUCCAGAAACAGGCAAGGAGGCAUGUAGCAACUCUGAGCAGCUGGACCCACUUCCUGCCAGCCCUGAAGAGGAAGAGAUUGAUGUGGUAGACUGGACAUCAGAGGGGAGGCUGGUGCCCACCAGUAUUCCCUCCGUGUGGCCUGACCCUUCCUCAGAGUCAGAAACAGAGGUAGACAUACUAACGUAGUGCAGUGGGAAAGGCAGUUUAGGGCACUGGGAGGAUAGGAAGUGUUGGCUAGCAAAAGGAAUAUUGGCAGAGAGGUUAGCACAUGUCCUGUCUUCCCCUCCCUAGGUUUUGGGAGCCAGGCAUAAGUACGAUGGGUAGAAAAUUAUGAACUUGAACCAUCUUAUUUCCUAUAAUCUAUUUUCCAGUUAUUGACAAACAAAUGAAACAAUAAAUUGCAUGGUCCCCAAUUUUAAUGGGUCAUAAAUAGCCAAGGCCAGGUCUCUCCCAGGUUAUGAGGCAGGUUAUGUGGUAAGAUUCUAUGCAAGAGAAAAUAAAUGUUCCAGAAGGUGUGAAGCAGUGCUGGGGUGGAACAAAGUGGGAGGGAGUGACAGGAUGUUGUCUAGCACCUAUGUGUGGGGCUUAUCCAUUGCCAGUAUGGAAGUCUAGCCAAAACCUCUGCAGGGGCCAGGAACAGGUACUUCCAUCAUCACUUCUAAGAAGUGAGUUGAAAAAAUAAGUUGCUUUUAAAAAAUAAAUUAUUUGCUUUUCCCCCAUAGUUUUUACAAGUAUUUCACAUGCUCUACCAGAGACCCUAGGAUUUCUUGGUUAAUUGGUGACCUUAGGCUAUGAAAAAAAAGGGGAGGGGGGUGACCAAUCCUGUA